UUCAUUUUGAGUAGACGAAUAAGGCGGGGCGAACGCUAGUUACGGUGGUGAAAUGGUCCCAAUCAACAACGUUAAUCUGAUUCUGUGGUCCGCCCCAACCGCUUUCUCUCCAAAUCUUAACCACAACCACAUUACAGUUACUGUUUUUGUCUCUGUCUCUCUCGCUCUGUAAUUUUUUUCACAUCCCCUCGUUUAGUCCGUCUCAACAACCAGCGAUAUGUCCGAUGAAGACGACGCUACCACUUCCCACAGUUCUUCCAAGAAACCCAUAUAUACGGAAUUCUCACAGCAAGAACUUCCAGAAUGGAAACCAAUUUUAACACCGGGAUGGGUUAUUGCCACACUUUUUGCCGUUGGAGUCAUAUUCAUCCCUAUUGGUCUUGCAACUGUGUUUUCAUCAGAGAGUGUGGAGGAAAUUGUAAUACAAUAUGAUGAGAGUUGCCUUCCUAGCUCACAUGUCAACGAUCCAAUGGCAUAUAUUCAAAGCCAUACCACCAACAAGACCUGCGUCACCAAAUGGACUGUUGAGCAUAGAAUGGAAGCUCCUGUUUAUAUCUAUUAUCAGCUCGACAAUUACUAUCAGAACCAUCGCAGAUAUAUGAAGAGUAGAAACGACAAGCAACUGUGGAGCAAGGCAGAAGAGGGGGAAACAUUGAACUGUUAUCCUGAAGACAUGACGAAGGAAAAACAGCCAAUUGUUCCCUGCGGCCUCAUUGCAUGGAGCAUCUUCAAUGACACAUACGAAUUUGUAUCCAAAAACAAGAACUUGACGGUGAACAGAAAGGACAUUGCAUGGGGGAGUGACCGAAGGUUCAGAUUUGGCUCUGAUGUUUAUCCAAAAAACUUUCAGAGGCGAGAUUUGAUUGGAGGUGGACACCUCAAUGAGAGUCUACCAUUGAGGCAGCAAGAGGAUCUCAUAGUUUGGAUGCGAACGGCUGCACUACCCACAUUCAGAAAACUCUAUGGGAAGAUAGAGGUUGAUCUUGAAGCGAAGGAUGAGAUAGAAAUAGUCAUAGAAAACAACUAUAACACGUACAUGUUUGGAGGGACAAAGAAGCUGGUUCUCUCAACCGCAACUCUUAUGGGAGGAAGAAAUCCCUUUGUAGGGACAGCAUACCUUUUCAUUGGUAGUCUCUCCUUGUUCUUCACUAUAGCCUUCAUACUUCUCUAUGUCAUCAAGCCAAGGCCUCUUGGGGAUCCAUCUUAUUUGUCUUGGAACAAAAAUCCAGGGGGUAUGAUCAAAUGACAAGCCAUGAUUCAUCUUUCACUCUUUGUUUGGUCUUGGUUACUUUACCAACUAGAAAGUCAGAGUGUAUAUAAACGUUUCUCUUUGUUUUAUAUUUUGGCUCUUGUUUCUCAUGAAGAUGACUCCUACUCAACUCUCUCGGGGUGACUGAUCGGUUUGAGGGAGUCAUCUACAGAAUACACGUUAGAAUUUUACUCUGGAUGUCUAAAGUAAUGUGAUUAUGAAAGCGUAAACAUUACCACAAAAUUAAAUCUCUAUUUGUAGAGUUUAUAAGAAUCUAGCCAAUUA